GGCCAUAAACAGUUAUUUUAUAUUUACAGCGGCGGCGUCGCGGUUGUGUGGAACGCGCGUUUCGGUUUUUCUAUUUAGUUUUUAAGUGUUGCGUGUUUAUUCUAACAAAUGCCGGCGUGUCGACCAACUUAAGUUAGACACUGCACAGAGCAACGGCAUUUUGUAUGGAAUUUUUGUAAACGUUUACAACUUAACUACUUUAAUAUAUAUAUAAGAAAAUAUACAAACGAAUAUGGGUCGCAGUCGAAGUCCCGCCUCCCCGGCCCACAGAAGACGCGAAAAGGAGCGAACAGAGAGAAAGAAACGGCGCGAACGCCGCUCCAGAGAACGAGCCAUCGGUGGAACAAGCGGCACACGUCGGGAUCGGGAGAGGGACAGGAGUCGAAGCCGGGACAGAAACCGUGGACGGCGUUCUAGAUCUCGCUCACGACCAGGAACAACUGGAGGUGCUGGUGGAAGUGGUGCUGGUGGCAGCUCCUCAAGUUCUGGACCCUCAACUUCGAGGCGAGCCACACGUAACAAUGCAUCGGGUGGUGCAGCUGCUAGUUCUGAGGAUCGUCCGCACAUUAAUGAGGCUGAUCUGGAGGGUAAAUCGCCGGAAGAGGUUGAGAUGCUGAAGACAAUGGGUUUCUGUACGUUCGACACGACAAAGAACAAAAAAGUCGAGGGUAACAAUGUCGGAGAAGUGCAUGUAAUCCUUAAACGAAAAUAUCGCCAGUAUAUGAAUCGUAAGGGUGGCUUUAACCGGCCGCUUGAUUUUGUGGCCUAGCAGCAGCAGUGCCAGCAGUUUCCUGCAACAACUGCAAUUGCCACUGCAACUGCACACACACAGCAUCAUCAACAACAACAACAACUACAACUAGUUUGCUACGUUUUUUUUCCAAGUUGCUUGCAGCCGCGACGCAUCCUUGCCAUGUGGCGGGCAUCAAGGCAACUUAACAAACCUGCAAUUUUAUGCAAUAGACCGGUUUACAAAAUUUACAAAUUUGCCAAAACCCAAAAUUUCCCAUCAUCCACACACACAGAUAUACCUCAUAUAAAGUUAUUUAGUAGUUUAAGCCAACAACAAACAAAAAAAAACGAAAGUGCGUUAACAAAUGUCAUUGAAAUCGUACAAUUUACCGAUCAAUGGUCGAUUGACGAUCAAAUUUCACUGAUUUCAAUUGCAUUUGGUCCCCACAUCGCCUAAUAAUCCCCCAAACACCAAACCGAACCGAACUUCCCCCAAAAAAAACGCACUCUCAAUUGCUUUUUAAAUAUUUAAAGUAAUUACAAAAUGGUUUUCGUUGACGAAUUAACUGCCUAAAAAACAAACAAACAAACUAAAUUCAAAAUUUCCACAGACAAUUACUUAAAGUAUUUAAAAAAACAUACAUACACAACCAAACUCCUUCUCCCCAUCAAGAUCCUUUUUCCUUUUCCAAAUCUCCUUGAUCCUUAAAAGCCCACAAAUAUCCUCCAUACGCUGCAAUAGUACAACUUUUUACAACCAAUCAAAUAUAUAUCAAAUAUAUAUUUUAUAUAUAUAGAAAAAUUAAUUA